UGUGGAGGCUGGCUGUUGUCAGAUAUCGGAGUGAAGAGAACUUUGGCAGUCCACCAACAAUGUAGACGACUCGAGAAACUUUACCCAUUUUUACGAGCAGGUCCGCGCGUUUAGACUCGUGUAACAGUCGAUUUGAUCAUGUUGGAUUAGUUACACAACAGGUAUCCCUUAAAAGGUAGUAACGAGCUUGGUUUUUGUAUUUUUAAAAUUAGCCAUUAAACAAAAAAAAGUUGUCCAGGCUUAGCUGUAAUCACAAAAGAACUUAGCUGGGUGUUAGCUAAGCUUUAAGUGAGCUAGCAUUAACGCCACAAAUAUCUCCAGAGAUAGGUCAGAUUUGUGUGCAAACAAUCUAGGAAUCGAUAGAGGAAGCGAGCCCGGAGAUUAAAACUGGAAUUUUGCAGUUUUGGUGAACAAACUGACAUAAAUACGCGGCUCUCCUCCUCCUCCUCCUCCUCCUUCUCCUUGUGAGCUCGUGCGCUCGGGAUGUCGUCUCGCGGCGGUCUGCAGCCUCUCCGAGCUACAGUUCCCUUUCAACUACACAACAACACCACCAGCACCACCACGAAAACCCCAGCACAGAGAUGGAGAGAGGCCAAAUCGGUUCAUCAUCCUGCCACGAAACGUAACCUCCCUGUCUUUCCAGUUGAGUCCAAGACAAAGGCACGCCCCCCGAAGCCGACGCUGAGACGGACACUUUCCCUGGACAUGUUAGUGGGACCGUACCUGCAGGGACAGUGGCCCAAACAGCCCGAGAGCCAGAGUGUAACCUGCGUCAAUGACAAAGCCACACAGACCCCCAGUUCGUGGACAGAGGAAACUCGAGGGAGAAGAGGUGGGGUGGGGCACAAGCGCUCGGCAUCAUGGGGCAGCGCCGAGCACCUCAGAGAGGUCGCUAAGCUGAGGCACUCACUACAAAAGCGCUCCAGACACGCACCGCCCCCCGCUGGCUAUGAGCGCCUUCAUCAGCCCUCACCUACUGUCCAUACACACAUGCCUGGAGCCACACAGACCAUCCCUCUGUUGCCUCUAAGCAGGCUGGCUCCCAGACUGAGGCGCAGUGUAGAGGGGCUUAACCUGGAGCUGGAGGGGGUCUUUGUGUCUGAAACAGCAGAACAACAGCAUAAGAUUCUGGAUGUACCAGAUGGUCACAGGGCACCCGUUCCAGUGCAGAGGUGCAGCAGUGGCUCUCAGAGUGACCUUUCCCCUGGUCUCCUCACCCCCUCACAGUCACCCUGCCCUAUUGAAGAGUCUGUGUGUGGGCCACUGGAUCCAUCUCCUUCUCCUCCUUUAUAUGUGAUUGAUGCGUCCUCAUCCCCCCUCCCCAACAAGACCUACGCCUUCCAGAGAGAGCCUCCAGAAGGCUGUGAGAGAGUGCGCGUGUGUGAGGAAGCCUUUUCUUCAUGCCACGGUGAUCCCCCAGCUCUGCCUUCCUGCCCCGACCCCAACAAAGUGAACUUCACUCCCCAUGGAGGCUCAGCUUUCUGCCCUGUCAGUCUUCUGAAGCCCCUUCUUCCUUCCAUGGACUUGCUUUUUCGUGGCCUGUCAGUCUCACCUGUGACUGGCUGCUCGGGCCAAAGCGCCACCCCCUGUAUGACGACGGCACAUCCAGUGAGCGAAUACCUGCCCCUCCCAGACUCCUCCGUUUAAAACGAUGGAAGAUAUGAGAUGGCAAAAAAGGAGGAAGUAGUAACCAGUGGACUGAGGUUUUGUGCCAUCUCAUCAUAGAACUGACCAAGCAAUGGCUUACCAGUAGAUGUAGCAAGCACUAAGGGUUUACUCUGUUAGACUACAGGAAAGACAUCCUCUCGCCAAAAGACAGUAGGAAGAGCUGUGUCACUCUCAGGACAAACCCUCAUAUUUCAUUUCCCCAUAUGGGAAGGUACCAAAUGUGUAUGCAAUGCUGAAUAUCCUCUGUUCUUCUGUUUCUCAGUCGAAAUAACGGUUCAUUUCAUUAAGCUGCUUUUAAUAAGGUUUAGUGGAUUUUGAACCUGCACUUACAGAGAUUCCUAGUGAAGAUGUCAGCCUUCGCUCAAAAGAAAGACCUCGUACCCUACAUAAUGUCUUUUUCUAUAGAGAAGUUCAUUUUGCUCCACCCGGCCCUUUUGUACUCGACGCUGGGGUUAGACGACUGACAAGAUCCCCACCAUGGGUGCAGUUAUUUCAGUACUCUAAAUUCGUUUCACGACACAGAGCUGACAAUCCUAUUAUUUAUUAUUCAACGUCACCCUUGAGCUUUUCAGCUUCACAGUUAUCACUUGGCACCGAAGUGCAAUACAAAAUCCAUGCGUUCUGUUUCAUUUAAUCGGUUAAAUAACAAACUGUGUCAACUGGACGGAGUUGACCAAUUUGGUUCACUAAAGUGUUUCAGUUAAGCAUUCACACUGAUUGAUUUAAUGAGUAUUUUUCCUACAAGGACAAAUUGUUAAUAUCCAGAAAGAGCUGACAUACAUGGAUUUGGUGUUCACCUAAGAAAACAAAAAAAAAAAAGGCACUGAUUUCUUUCAUAAUACCUAUUUUUUAAACUAUAUAUUUUUUGAUAUUCAGAAAAAAUAUUUUCUUUGGUUUGUCUAUUUUCCAGUUAUGAAAAAAAAAAAUCUUGUGGAUUUAUCAAGGUACAUUAGAAUGUAGCAAGUACAAGUGUGUUUGUAUUCUAGCACUAAACAGUCAGUGGAAAUUCAGCCUUGUGUUCAUUACACAGUAUGGAUUGUGUGGGUGGGUGGGGUGAGGUGGGGAGGUUAUGUUAUAAUGUGUGUGUGUGUGUUUUGAAUUCUUUAGGGAACUCAAAUGUUCUUGUCACUAGUCUUGCAGUGGUGGAAAGCUGACUCAUCAGAAAAGCUCACUGAUUUAUAGAAAGCUUUAGGAAGUAACGUGUGCUGAUGUGGUAUUUGCUGUGAUAUACCACUAAACUUUCACAUUUCACUGCAUAAUCAAUGUCAACACAGCAGUAUUUGUGUGUGUGUGUUCACACAAGGUAGCAGUGCAAACUUCUUUGCACGUUUUAGAUUUUCUUUGUUAGUAGUGCCAUUUUUGUUUUUGUUUUUAAACCUAUAACUUGUCAUCGUCCCAGAUCUCAGGGUAGUUUUGUUUGGAUUUGGUUCUGUUCUGAAUUUCAGCCUCAGACGCAGUGCUGGGUGACGUGUUCAGUUCCCUGUUGUGGAACAUGUAAAUGAAUGGUUAUCAGGGUGUAGUUUUUUUUUCUUCAUAGAGUUCGUUGUUUUUGUUCUCGGAAAAGGUGCUUCGUGAAAGCUGCGUCUUAGGUUUACAUAUUUUUCCUCUUUUAAUUGUUAUGAUUUUUGUGACCUGCAGUAAAGCAUCAGUGUCUUCUCUUCUUAGAUUGGACUACUGCAAAAAAAAACAAAAAAAAAACCUUGUACUAUUUUCAGUUCAUGCCAUUUUUUUUUGUGGAUGACAUAAAAGAGUAAAAUAACGCAAAAAAAAAUGUUUGUUAUUUUAUUAUAAUAAUUCUGACACACUUGAAUAUGAAUAUUUGCACAUACAGACAAUAAUAACUGUUUAUAGGAGACUGAGAUUACUUUUCGAGACACGUGUAGUUUCCCAGUGGGGCUUAUUAAACCACGCCCUUUUCAUAAUCCCUGCCCUGCUAGUGGCUAGAGUCAGUUCUCCCCGGGGCUGUACUUGGACCAAUCACAAUACUCCACAUCCAAAAGGGUAAACAUUCAAAGCACACUCGGUCGGCAAGGACCUGCUGAAUGUUCAAACAGUCUCCUUAAUCAGAUGCCUGAUCUAAAAGAAUAAUAAAAGUGGCACAAAAACGUUUUUAAAAUACACAAAAAUACAAGAAGAGUAGGUUUGUGUCGCUUUAUUGAAGAGAAACGCCUAAAGAGUGGAUGGACUGUGUUGUAUUUAAAGGCGUUAAAUACAUCCCGUGUCUGAGCAGACUAGUCAUUUUAACCAGAACCUGGUCAUUUACGACAGGAAAUACAGUAACUCAGUGGUUUAAGAGUUAAAAUGCUAACGUUGCCCCAGCAUAAUGAUAUGUUGAGAAGGUUUCCUGUGCAUGUUUUGGGAUUAAACUCCACUGCUAUAAACGUGCAGAGGAUCAGGCGCAUUCGGCCGGCUCCUGAAGGCGGUUUUGGUCCUUCAGGUCUGAUGAUGGGUUAAAACAUCAACAACACACCAGAGCGUCAAACCAGCCGCCGGACAUCACACACCGAAAUUGGUUUUUUUUUUUAGACAGAUUUUCUUCGGUUUUAAUGAAAUGCUGCGGGAAACAUGACCGGAAUUCUGCUCUAGGACCCAGCUGACACUCGGACACAUCCGCGGCGUUAUCA